AUGACUCUCGAUGAAUCUCGACUACCUUCCUAUGCCCUGCUAUCUCCAGAAAAUCUACGCCUUUACGAGGCAGCGACUGAAAGAGGACUUUUCAACGUCCAGCCUGGGGAGGAAUUCUGGCGCGAUCGUUAUCAUUCACUCUACGCCCGAGGCUAUCAAUUGAGACCUCGCUACUGUCCCGAAUGGAAGCCAUCCUGGAUAGGGACCAGAGCUGAUCCCAUUUUCUGUGAAGAUUCGAUUGCAUCAGUGCACAUGGACGUUAUGGACGCUACUCGCCGCGAAGAUGGAAAACUUGUCUCUCUCAAAACAAUACGUCGCAAUGACAGCGAACUUGACAUUGCACUGUCCCUUACUACUCCAAACCUCAUCAAACACCCCAUGAACCACUGCGUCCAAAUUUUGGACACCUUCGUUGAUCCUCUCGAAACUGAUAGGUACUUCAUCGUGAUGCCGUACCUGCGACCUUAUGAUGACCCACCAUUCGGCGCUGUCGGAGAGGCCAUGGACUUCGUACGACAAACGUUAGAGGGCAUUUGCUUCAUUCAUAGUCAGAAUGUUGCACACAGAGACUGCACAUCUGAGAAUAUUAUGAUGGAUGCCUCACCCAUCUUUCCCAACGGCCACCAUCCCGUUCGCAGGUCUGCCACACCAGAUGGUGUCCGGGUUGCACAUCCGCUUCCUCGAAUAGAUCAUCCGGUCAAAUACUAUUUCAUCGACUUCGGCAUAUCGACUCGGUUCGGUCUAGGUGAAUCAACGUUCGUGGUUGGAGCCAAAGGCAGAGACAAGGAGCUUCCGGAGCUUUCACGGGAUAUACCAUAUAACGCAAUGCAGGCCGAUAUCUUCAUCUUGGGUAAUAUGUACAAGAAGGAUUUACUACAACGGUUUCACGGCCUAGACUUCCUCGCUCCUUUGAUCUCGUCCAUGACCGACCGGAUUCCCUCCCAACGGCCGACAGCCCCGAACGCGCUGUCACAGUUCAACAUUAUCAAGUCGAGUUUGAAUACCCUCGUUUCGCGCUGGCGUUUGCGACCGCGAGAGGAAUCGGUCCCGGAGCGUGUCGUAUACGAUACGGUGGCGGUGGCGCGUGAGACGUAUCAUCACCUGAAAAAAAUAGUCGGACAAUAGCCCACAAGUCGAUUUCUCCUUGUCCCGCUCAUGCCUACCAUGAUUGUAACGCUGCUACUCGCCUCGACUACCGCACAAGCAAUCCCUAUGCCUGAUCCGUUCGUCAAAACGGCAGCAUAUUGAAAGUUGCUCGAGUAUUGCUGGACGGAUCUUGCAACACAAGGUCUUUGAGGUUCGGGUACUGGAAGGUGGAAGUGAAGGUUUCCUACGGAACAAGCGGCGUCGGGAAAGCCGGUGAUGGUUUAUUAUCUCUUUGCAUAUCUUGUUUUCCCAUCUAGCUGUGUUGUGCUAUCAGUAGCGGUACGUCCCAGCCAUUGUAUUGCUUGCUAUCAUCGCUCUGUGAAAUAUGUAUCAACUG